GAGAGAGAGCUCGUACAUGUGUGUUGGUUGAUGUAGUUUGGCACCUGCAUCAGUACAGCAUUCAUAUAGCAUACUAAGCAUAGCAUCUUUCACGAUGGGGUGUCCAGAGUUCUGAGGCCUAUGAGUGCUGUGGUGAGGGGUCUGCGUCGCCGUCCGAAGAAGUUUCACUCAAAAGGUGUUAAAGCUUUACAAAACUUGUUUUGUAGUUUAGGUGUGAAGACCAGCCCAUCUAUCCAAGUGCUGCUUAUAUGUAUGUGCAUAGCCUCAUGAGUUUUACUGCCAACUUUAUAAGCGAUCAGUUAGUUUGCCAAAAGUGUGAGAGAGAUCUGUGACUUUAAACACAACUGAUCACUUGUAUUACAACUAAUCUUUAUUACAGACACUGUUUUGGACAUAAUUUAUAUUUUAAGACAUUAGUGAUUCAUUUUAUUUUGUUGGCUCCAAGUGUUUAAUAGUGUGUUUGGAGUGUUGGUUAGUCGUACGGCAUUAAGAUUAUACAUUGGAGUGCACCCUAAAACAAUAGUUGUUGACAUCGAUUAUCGAUAGUAUUGAAUGCAAUGAAUGGCAAAAAUGGCUGAUUUGUUGUGAUUUUUGAAAAGUAAAUCAAUUGAGUGAUUGUGUUAUUAAAUUGUAUCAACAAAUCCACUCAUUGAGUGUCACCACAAAUGUCUUAAGUAUUAAACAGUCAAACGUCAAUCACAUUUGAUUGGAUACAUAGUUAGUGCCAAACAAAUCAGUCAUCGAUAAGAUAUGAAUAAAGUUUUGGUCGCUUAUUGUUAUCAUUUCUUGAGAGACUAAUCCCUGAAGAUAUAGGCGAAGACAUAAUGAAGAAGUUGAGACGCAAGAUGUUAACGACACAACUAUUAUGGUAUCAAGUGUUACAAUGUCUGGCGGUUGUCAUUACGGCAACGAUGGCCUGCAAUGUGGACAUGUGUUCGCGCGAGUACUCGUCGGUUCUUCAGACAUCACAAUCGGUGGCGUCGACGGCCACUCGCGAUCAACAACAACAAUAUUGUGGUUUAUUGGAUGCUUAUCAGCACUGUUUGAAGUCGAUUGGCCGGUCGUGUCGCGGAAAUCUCGAGUUUCAUACUUUGCAAACAUUGCUGAAGACGUGGAAACACGAGCGAAACUGUUCACACGUAGUCUUUUCCGGACCCAUUCGCAGACAACCGGUCAGACAGUUCCAGCGUAAGGCCGGCGGCGGCCAAACAAAUGUUAAUUCAAAUCAUAAUCACAUGACUCAACAGUCAAUCUUCGAGCAACAAGAAGUACUGCAACAGUGUUUAUCUGCCGCUUAUAACUAUACGAUAAACACCGACCCGUCAGCGCCUAUUGAUGUGCGUACAGACCAUCGAACUCAACGCGUGGGAACUACAAGUAGUCCGCGAUCGCGGUCAAGAAGUCGGGUCAAUCGCGACACACGUUUUGAUAACGAUAUGUAUAUGAAAACAAAGUAUUUUCCGAUUAAAGGCGAGGAUAUAGUCUAUGAAGACGAAGAACUUGGCACGAGUUCAGUGUCUCCAAGUCCUGCGCCCACAUCUAAACCAUCGACACCACCGUCACCACCAUUAACAUGUAUAAUAUAUGGUGAUCCACAUUUAAGGACAUUUAACAAUGUGUAUCAAACGUGCAAAUGUUUGGGUGCCUGGCCUCUCAUCGAUCAUCCAUUGUUCACCGUUCAGAUCACUAACUCUAAAAUUAAAGGUACAAAUCCUCAGGUAUCGGGUGUGACAAAAGUGGUUGUUCUCAUUCGUAAGUUUGAUAAAUGUGGUAUUUUAGGUGAUCUUUUGUAUGAAGCGGACAGUCAGCCGAAUCAAGGAGGUCAGCUAAUGGGUACGCCUUCGGCUACAUUUUUAGACGGCAGUACUGCCAACCAAAACAAUUUGGUGCGAAUUACCCAAUCGUCAAAUAAUAAUGUUGUGACCAUACAUUUGGAUCACAUCGGUGUUCGUGUAUAUAUCGGUCAAUUUGAAAACUCGUCGCAUCUGAAUGUGGUGAUCAAGUUUCGGUCGGCCACCUCAACAGUCAAACAACAAUUAGUGCUCAACUCUAUCAGUUCAAAUUCAUUGUGCAAAACCGGUUGUCCUAAAAGGGAACUCAUAGACAUUCGCAAUAUUUUAAGUUCAGCCGGUUUUGACUUAAGUGAUAACAAUGUAGUUGAUGUCCGACAAUCAGCCAAAUCAUCGGACAAUUCUAUGACUGAUUAUAAAUCAGAUGUUGUGAGUGACGAUGACAACAGUGAUGAUGAAAGUGAUGAUAACACUCAUGUUGAAGAUGAUGAACUAAAAGAGGAGUUGUGUCAUGAAUUAUAUGGUUAUUAUCGGCUCUCCUGUAUAUACGAGUCGGCCAUAAAAGGGAUGAAAGAUGUAAAUAAUGCCUACCGUUUCGCCCAAUCAUUUGAUGAAAUGAAAUUCAUUCAGAACAGUAUUCUCAACAGUGGUGUCAAUAGUGUCAAUCACAACGACGACAACUCUGUGAUGAUAAUCGCCAAUUCAUCUUCCAUUCAUCGUUCAUCAUAUAGUGUCCAAUCAUUACUCAUCUAUAUUUUAAUUGUUUAUUUUUUAUCACAAUCAUGCCUUAACCAUAAUUUUAAUGUAAAUUAGUUGUAUAAUUGUAUUUAAUAUAU